AUGGCUUGGGGCCUAGCCAACAGCAACCAAACUUUCCUGUGGGUGAUUAGGCCGGAUCCUGAUAAUGGAGCAGAACCUAAUGAUUGGUUGCCUGAUGAAUUUAAAGAGACUGUGGGAGAAAGAGGCUACAUAGUGAAAUGGGCACCACAAAAAGAAGUAUUGGCACAUGGUGCUGUGGGAGGAUUUUGGAGCCACUGUGGUUGGAAUUCAACCAUUGAAAGUAUAAGUGAAGGGGUUCCAAUGAUUUGUAGGCCAUGUUUUGGGGAUCAAAAGGUGAACACAAGGUACAUCAGCCAUGUAUGGAGAAAUGGGUUUGAGUUGGAGAAUGAUUUGGACAGAGGGAAGAUAGAGAGAGCGAUUAAGAGACUGAUGGUGGAAAAAGAAGGGGAGGAGAUGAGGCAGAAGGCAGCAGAAUUGAAAGAAAAAAUCAAGAAAGGUGGAUCUUCUAAUAAUUCCUUGGAUGAAUUAGUAGAGCUUAUAACGUCAGUUUAA